AUGGCGGAGAAGCGCAAACUCCCGGCGCGCGAACGUCGAGAACCGGCAGCCAAACGACGAGUCUCGGAGGCGGUUUCUGAAAGCUCGAGCAGGAGAAAAAAAUCAACACCUGCGUUAAUCCAGGCCUCUACACCGGUCGCUGAACCUGAGCCUGAGCGUCAAGCUACUCCUGAACCGAUCGAAGAGCCACUGCCCACGAAGAUUAAAGAUGUGGACCCCUUACCAACGAGGGUAAAAGCUCAACCGUCACUUACCUUGUCCGACAAAGAAUAUCAGUCUUUUGCAGAGAGCGCUAUUUUAAGCAUAUCCCUCGACCGAUCCAAGAAAAAGUGGCUGAGUGAUGGCAUCUUCGAAAGAUAUUGGACAAAACCAAAGAAGACAAAGAGGGAGCAGCUUGAAGGGAAAAACCCGCCCAAGGACUCGAUGACAAAAAUUGGGCCUUGCAAAAUUAUCAUCGAGCCGCAUCACUUCGAUGCAAUGAUUUACACGGUCAAAGAUCCCAACGCAAAACCCACUGUCCAGAUCACACCACCUCAACGGCACAUUAUUCACUACGGACCACCGCCACCGCAAGCCGGGUACCAAUAUCAGCAUUAUGCCCCUCCCCAGCAGAUGCGACCUCCUCCAUAUCCUUAUAAUCAACCUCCGAAUGCGCAUCAUGCUCCUCCACGGCCUCCACAGCCACCACAAGUUCCUCGCCAACCGCCAGCACAGGCACAAGGACCCCCGCCUCAGCCUGCGAAACCAAGCCCCGACCCUGUUAUCCAGAUGCUUGCAACAAGAGCAGCCUCGGAUCCUGAGUUGAAAGCAUUGAUGAGGAUUGUGGCAUCUAGCAAAGCGACUCAGGAGCAGCUGCGAAUUUUUCAGGGUCAUAUUGACGAGCUCAAUGCCAUUAUUCGACAAAGAGAAAGGCAGCAACAGCAAUAUUAUCAGCAAAACCCACAAGCACCGCGCCCCCAGACCGCUCCUACUCCUCAAAAUCCGCCACCUGCUGCACCACCAGCUCCGCAGCAAGACACCCAGAAACCUCUGCAGCAGAAUCCACAACAAUCACAGACAGUGGCUACUUCAUCAACACCUACCCCUAUGCCUUCGUCUACUCCCCAGUCAUCUUCCACCCCAGUACCUACAACCAGUACUGUGAAACCAGAGGCACCAUCACAAUCGGGAGCACAAGCAUCGCCGCAAGCUAAUAACUCUGCCGAACAAGAACCACAACCGCAAGCUGCUCCUAGCGCUCCUCAGUCGAGCAACUCUAAUGCUGAUAGCCCCACACCUAAUGACACCCCUAAGAUCAAGACAGAACCCGGCACCUCUACUAGUCUAGCUACUGCUCCUACCCCUACUCCUGCUUCUGCAACUUCAGCAACUCCAACUCCUACACCUCCUGCGGCUGCACCAACAACCACGGCGUCAAAUAUCCCAGCUCCUGUGCCACCGCCGAGUCCAGCUCCUGUAUCUACUCCAGCUGCACCUUCGCCAGUUCCAUCCAACGCACCCAAAGUCUCACCAGCACCUGGUUACGCAUCGGCAAUCCCAUCGUCGCAGCCACUUUCACUGUACCCUCCAGGUCCAUCUCAGCACCCGCAAUACCACACCCCUUAUUAUCCUACUGGACCACCUCCCAUCAAAGCUCGCGGAGCUCCCCCAAACUAUGGCCCGUCAAAUACUUACUACCAAUCGGUGCCUGCUCCUCCAGCUCCCAAGCCGCCUAUCAAAGCUGUUGUAUUUGAGUUUACGUCUCCCUUGACCCCUUAUGGAAGUAGCACAUCCGGCCAUGCUGGAUCUGGAGAUCGCUAUCUGUUCCCAGAGUACACUAUUUUGGAAUAUCAGGCUGGAGGAACAGUGCUACUCGCGUCUUUUUUGAUCAUACGCAAAGUCGAUCCCAAUAGCAAAUUUCCGCUUGAAUUGGCGGCUGAUGUUGCGCCCAAGACCAAGAGUAAAGCAUCCAAAUCCAAGAAGAAGGAUAAAGGAAAGGUUGCAGAUCAAACUGGACCAUCCACACCUACUCCUGAUACUGAAGCAAAUGCUGCUGGUGCAUCAACAGACGAAAAGAAACAACAAGAAAACAGCGGCGAUAAAGAAGACACCGCAACAACAACAACCGAGCAGCCCAAAAAGGAAGAAGCAUCAAAUCUGAAAGAGUACUAUCAACCCGUAACGAUGCGCUUCUACAGCAGCAAACCUGCAACUCUAGAACCACUAUCUCGAAUCGUUAAGCCGGCUGCCGAAGUCCGAAAAUACAUGGAAGAAGUCAUGGAACGUGCGGAACGUGCGCCUGCCGGAUUUUUACCGUUCCGUUUACCUCGCGAAAAGCCUCUUGAGAUUGUCGAUGAGGCUGAGGCAACUACUGUCGGUACUACACCUGCUGCUGCUGCCGACGAUGGGAGAUCGAGAUCGAGGGAUGCAAGUAGUGCUGUUGCGACUCCGAGGGAAAUAGAUGAUGCUGGUGAUGCCGAGGAUAUGGAGCAGGAUGGUUUGGAGUUUUUAUUGAAGGAUCAUUAUGAUGCGCCUAGUGGGCUUGUGCCUAUACGAGCUUGA